GUUCAAAAUCAGUAUAAUGUCAGAGUUUGCGAAUGCCGCAUAUUUCACCUGGUCAAGACGAUUUCAUCAACUAGAAUUUUAUAAAAAAUUGGCUUUAAUAGUGAAAGAAAUCUUAUUUUCCGAAUGAGACUCAUGUUUUGUCAUCUGCUGACAGUUGGCAAUAUAUUAAUUAGCAUGAAUUUAUGCUGAAUUUCAUGAGAUGCGGCGGUUUCGAAGACUCCGUCCGUGGAAGUUUUGUGGAGAAUGAUGCUGCGUCGGUUGAUGAUGGCAACGAGCAGCCGAAACUUCACGGGGAACUUGCGUGGAGAAAUCAAGCCGAAACUGAAGGAAAAGGAUGCGAUCGUUUCUCGAGAUGGUGUGUCAUCAGCUCCCAAUGCCAGUUCUGCCGGUGGGGGCCGGACAAGAUUGCGCAAUCAUUCCACCAAGCCACCGCCUCGACUUCCGCGAAACAAUGGCACCACUAGGGUUCCUGGAUCAAGAAAGGCUCCUGCUUCCAGUAGCGCGAGCAACAUCAAUAAAAACCGAAACAUCCUGAGGACGGGAAGUGCAUCGUCGGAACGAUCUUUGAACAAAUCGUUUCAGAAAUUGGCGAUCGAUGACAAGAAAGCAUCAAGAAGUGUUACGCCGAGCAGACGACAGUCGACCUCUGCGGGUAACAGUUCAUCAUGUAAGAAGAUAGAAGACAUAGCAAGACGAAUCCUAAUGAAGAAGAGUAAGAACAUUGUUGUGAUGGCUGGUGCAGGGAUCAGUACACCUAGUGGUAUCCCAGAUUUCAGAUCUCCAGGGUCGGGUCUAUACGACAACCUACAGCAAUACAGCAUCCCUUAUCCCGAAGCCAUCUUUGACAUUGACUUCUUCCGCAAGAACCCAAAGCCUUUCUUCGCCCUAGCCAAAGAGCUGUAUCCUUCAGGGAAGUACCGUCCUAAUUACGUUCACUACUUUGUUCGGAUGCUCUAUGAUAAGGGACUGCUUCUCAGGAUGUAUACGCAGAAUAUAGACGGGCUGGAGAGAUUGGCUGGUAUCCCUGGAGAUAAGCUGGUAGAGGCUCAUGGGACAUUUACGAGGUGUACCUGCACCAAGUGUGGUUAUGAGCACAAAGGAGAGAGUGUCAAGGGAACUAUAUUCAAUGACAAAAUACCAAGAUGCACAAGGCCAACUUGUACAGGUGUGGUCAAACCCAACAUUGUGUUCUUUGGUGAAGACUUGCCGAAGAGGUUCUUCUACUACAUGAAAGAUAUGCCUCUGUGUGAUCUUCUUAUCAUCAUGGGAACAUCUUUAGAGGUGUACCCCUUUGCUGGUAUAGUGGACUCUGUGCGCCCAUUCAUCCCCCGUCUCCUCAUCAAUCGAGAGGUGGUGGGGCCGUUCUCGCGCCCCUCCUCCAGCCGUCACAACGACCUGGCCGUGACGGGCGACCUGGUGGAGUGCGUCCAGAAGUUCGCCCGGGUUCUCGGCUGGAAGAAAGAGCUUGAGGAUGUGAUAACGCAGAAUGAAGCGAAGCUGGAUCAAAUGGUCACUGAAAUGGAAUCAAAUGCUGAACCAUCAUCUGCAGAGACGUUAAAGAACAACAGCAACGGGACAGAUCAAAAUGCCAAAACAAACACUAGCCCACAACGCCUUACGGGGUUACAACGUGAACAGGACACCACUAAUAUACGCAAAAUACACACGCAGAGUUUAAGCAAAGCCAAUUCGCAGAGGGCCCCCUCUGCGUCCGUGCGUCGAGUAAGCUCUUCGGGCACGGGGAGGUCGAGCUUGCCACGGAUUACAAAUUUUAAUAGAACAGGUCGGAAAGUGAUAUCAUCAAGCAGUAGUAGUAGUGAAUCAUCUUCAUCGGAAGAGAGUUCGGAAGAUGAUUAUUGAGCGAAUGUCGUCGAUCAUUAGCAUUUGCUCGAUAGCGACUCAGUGAGGAGCUGGCUUCGUGAGUCUGAAUGUAGCUUUGUUGGGAUGGAAGAAUAGUAAAGAAUUAGGAUCAGAAAAGAGGUUGCAGAGUUCGUCUGAAAGAUGUUAUGUUAUAAUGAAAGAGUGAACUACGGGAGGUGUGAGCAACUCAGCUAGGAAGGUAUGUGGAGGAGCAGCUUUUUAUAGUCAUCAUUCAUUUUUUAAGAUUUUCAUAUCGUUGAUGGCAUCUGACAUCAUAGAAACAAAUCUUCCGUUCGACUAGAUUUGCAUAAAUCUCUUAGAGGUUUGUAUUUUUAGCAUGACUCUACUCUAGUUGCCUUUCUUCAGCUAGGAGCCUAGACAAUAAUAAUCCAACAAGGGAGAUAAAUUUCGGAUGCAUUUCUAAUAUGACAUUUGUCUUUUCAAGGGGGAGCUUAGACGAUGACCAUCCUUAAGUUAUCAGUAUGUCAGUUUGCAGCAGAUGAUAAUUUUUCAGCUUUGAUCGACACCAAAUGUAUGUGAAUGAACUUGUCAUGAGUAUUUCUGAACUAAUAUAAUAAAAUGUAUUGGCAUGCUGAAGCUAUUAUAUUUGAAAAUAUAAGGUAUGUGCAAUUGGUAGUUUAAAAGAAGUAGAACAAAUUGAUUUUGUAGAAACUUGCAAUUAUUUCUUUUACCAUAAUUUCUUGGAUUUAGUUUCACGGUUUCAUAAUUAAGCAAUGUGCACAGUAAAUUGUGAAUCCAUUUUGUUAUUAGUUGAAUAUUAAUCGGUUUAGACUGUUGAUGGCAUUGGAGUAAAGAAAGUCCAAUAGCGGCAUAGCGCCACAUUUUUGCACUUUGCAUCUGUUUCCAAUAUGUAACAAUUUGUAGUCUUUUAAUUUUUUAUCACAUGAAUGCACUAAACACAUUUCGCAAAAAUAAUUUCAGUAUGUGCAUUUAUGAGAGCCCUCGAUCGAAGUUUUCAAGCCAAAACACAAUGAAAACAACAACAUAUACUAAUAUGGACAAAUUGUAUAUAUAUUAUAUUUAUUGAUAAUAUGGUCACUAAGUGCAUACACUGUAAUUAUUGAAUAUGAUAUGUGUAAAGUGUUUACUGUAUUCUAUCAAAAGGUAUAGGAUUGGAAAAAAAUCAAUCUCAUUAAGAAUGAGAAUGGACUUUGGACCUUCAUGUAUUUUUUCCCAAAGCUGUUUUAUUUCUUGCUCUCUCUCUUUUAUAGCAGCAAUAUGCUAUUUGAUGCUGCCUCUAGCAAUUUAUUAUAUCUUCUCUUUUUUUGGUCAAUUUUUGGUGUGUGUUCAAUAAUAUGCAAUAUUUUAUUCACUUGCUUUAAAAGUGCCUUGCUUUUGCUGUUUUUGGUGAAUGGGAAUACGAUGUGUGUUACAAGUGUUUUGAGUGAUGUGGUAGGGCUUGUCGUGGUGAUUGGUGGUUUUAUUUUAAUUUGGACAAUUCCUAGGCGAUAGGCAUACCUUAUGGGCACAUCACACGUCUGGUCUAGCGGUAAUUUGCAUAUGACUCUUGUCCUUCAAAGAGAGUGUCAUGGGUUCAACUCUCAGUCAUGGCAUGUAUAUCUUUGGCAAUAAUUUAUCCUUGUUGUACUGCACUCAACCCAGGUGAGGUAAAUAGGUACCUGACAGUAAUAUUUAAUUCUGAUUGCCUGUGCACAUAAAUGGCGGGGCUACAGUCAGGUGUGAUAAUUUAUCGCCUUGAGCACUUUGUGCUUAAAAGUUGCAUUCUCAUUUAUGAAAAUUGUUAUAAGAAUUGGUGCAAACAUUUUUGUGAAAUCGGAUGUUUGCUGAAAGUAGCAUGCAUAAAAUUACUAGUACUGAUGAUGAUAAUAAUAGGAAACCCUAUCAGUUUUAUCUAAAACAGAAACACAACAUUCAGAGUCAUUUAACUUUUCACUCGUACUGAGAAUGUUUACAAUUUUUUUAAAUAAAUACAUGUAAAUUAGCAAAUUUGGAUUAGGGUUUUACAAGUUUCUCUGAGUCUGAACCCUCUCACUGUAUUAGAAUAAAUCAUAGAAUCAUAUUUACAUGUAUAUCAACAUGUUUUUUGAAAUUCUAAAUAUGUGGCGUAAAUGAUAAUCAAAAUUAAAUUCAUUUUCAUCAAUCUAUUCCUUUAUUAUUGAGGGGCCCUUCUUGAAAUAACUUCAUCUCAAGGUUGACUUCCCCCUUUAAGAGCGGACAAGAUUGUUUCUGACAAAGAAAUUGAGGUUUCUUUGUUCCUAUUACAGCUGAUACAGUCUGAAAAUUAAUAAUGAUAAUAAAUGAUAAGGAUACUACUAAUAAUAAUGAUAGUAAUAAUAAUAAUAAUGAUAAUGAGUAUAAUAAUAUCGUAGUAAUAAUAGCUGAUUUAUAAAGCGCUUUUUGCCUGAGGAUACAUACAUGUAGUAGAAAAAAUUAAUUCACCUACACCUUGGUUCCUAACAAAAUAUUCAUAUCAAUGUCUUUCAAAUUAUUCUAAAAAUUUGGAAUAUAUCCAUGAAUUUAAUUCAUAACUCUGUACAUAUAUCUCACUUCUGAUGCACAUAUUUGUAUGGCUACUGUAUUUGCUGAAACUAAAAAAGGGAAAACUAUGUUCAUUUAUAUUGGUAUUUCAUUGGUAUUUGGUAUCAUAUUUUCAAGCUGCUCGCUGAGGACAAAGAUUAGUCUGCUGUGCAAACCCUUCACUCGAGUUAAGGGUCUGAAUUGCAACCUACUCAUGCCUUGUGUACUGAAGGCCCUCUCGCUCAUACAAGUUUUGUAUGUGCUAGUCUUUGCGUGGAGACACACUUGUUGAUCAAAGUUUUAAUCAGGGUCUUUGCCUGCAGACUAGACAAAGGUAGCCAAUUGAUUUUAUGAAUACAAGAACAACCCAAGUUUAAUUCUGAGAAAAUCAAGAAAAACGGGAGGAUUUUUGUGUACGUCCAAUGAGGAAUUUGGUCAGUUUUUCAUUCAUUUCGGACACUUCUUCGUGGAAAUCCAAGAUGUAAAUUACACACAAUAUUGGCUCCUAUGUAAGGCAACAGAGAUGGACUUUGGUUAUGCUUCAUACACUCUAUUAUGAACGAGCAAUUUAUGAUUUCAUAUUUUAUCAAAUAUGUACAUAUGUCAUCUUGACUUCUGAUUUUUUUUUUCAAUACAUAAAAUGUACCCUUUAUAUGUUUAUAAGAGUACAAGGAAGAAAAUGGGGUCCUGUUUCAUGAAGGAAUUACAACUGUGGUAACUUUGCCAUCGUGAUAACUGUCAUGGUAACAAUGCUAAGCAGCCAAUCAGAAUCAAGGAUUCCGGGGUAGUUACCAUAAUGGCAAAGUUUCUGGAAUCGUUAGACUUUAUAUGAAUCUGGGCCUCAUCUUACAAAGAGUUGCGAUUGAUCAGAUCAACCACAACUAUGGAAAGCCAGCAAUGUCAACAUCUACCAGUAAGCUGCAUGUGUGUUUAAAAUGUUUUCUAGAUAUGAUGUACAUUCAUCCUUUUGACAAUUUAGUAUGCUCCUCUUAGGUUACAAAAGGUUACAAAUUUCCUGUAGGAAACAUUAUGACAAUGAUGGAUUUCCAUAUAGUUGAAGUCAAUCGGAUCAAUCCCAACUCUUUGUUAAGCUAGGGUUACAGCGGAACCGAAUCAACUGCGAAUACACAUAUUCAGGUGGUUUGUGGAUUAUUCUGUUCUCCCUCCGCGAAUGCAAGAAAAUUUGGGGUUCAGGAACAUUCAAAUCCGCCGAAUGAGGCCGCAUUCGGGCAGAAUCGGUCCGAAUUCAUUCAGGAGAAUUCGGUUUCGGUGUAACCCUAGCUUAAGACGGGACCCUGGUCCCUUUAAGUAAGUGCAAAAGGAGGAUCAAAUUCAAAUAGUUGCCAAUGAAUAAAAUUAUAAGCUGCAUUCACCACCAACAAAAAAAGAGUUAUAUUUGAUACGCAAACUUUUAUUUUUAUUUGAAGAUGUAGUCGUAAACCAAAAUUCAUAUUUUUGUUUGAGUGUUUCCCAAGAAGUAGUAAUCCUUUCCAGUGUGUGCAUGAUAAUCCUGGCCCUGUAUCACGAAGCUUAGUAUUUGAUCUUAGUACAGGUGUAUGACUGAUUGCAUUUAUCGCACUGAUAAAUCACUUGUAAAAAUCAAUCGUAUGAUCAGUCACUAAGCUUUGUUUCACCGGACCCAGCCAACAUUGAAUAUGUAUAUGUGAUAAAGUAUUUUGUGAAUAAAUCAGUUUGAAAGCUAAA